AUGUCGGACCCAAACUCGCCCCAUAUCAAGACCAGAAAUGACCCAUCGUGGGGUCUAUAUCAACGAGAUAAUUUUUGGAAGCUCAAUGACGGAGAGGUCCCUCUUUUCAACACUCACCCAGAUAAGCUUGAAGAACUCGCUCGAGAGAAACUAACACAGAAUGGAUGGUAUUACGCGUCGUCAAAUGCAGGCCUUUCCCAUACACACUUAGCCAACAGGCAGGCAUUCUUUUCAAGGAAGAUCGUGCCUUUCCAGCUGCGCGAUACCAACGAGCGUUCCAUGCGGACGAAGAUUUUCGGGCAUGAGGUUUCUGCACCAAUUGGAAUUGCCCCCAUCGGCAUCAACAAGAUCUACCAUCCCCAGGGCGAACUUCCCGUCGCGAAAGUGGCAGGCGAGCUCGGUAUCCCGUACUCGUUGUCUACUGCGGGCUCGUACCCCAUCGAAGACGUUGCCAGGUCGAAUGAUGAAGGCCGAAAAAAGAUCCAAGACAGUAAUGACCCACAGGCGAAGAAGAUCCCGCCCGGGCCGCGAUUCUUCCAACUAUACAUGCCACACGAUGACGAAUUGACCAUCUCGCUGUUGACGCGGGCUCACAAAUCAGGAUUCACAGCAUGUAUCCUCACUACGGAUACAUGGCAGCUGGGGUGGCGACACGAUGAUGUUGCCACGUCCAAUUACGCCUUCUACCGUGGCAUCGGCGCUGACCUGGGCCUGACGGACCCAGUCUUCCAGAAGCGGCUGAAGGAGCGCGGGAUCGACCCGCAAAAGCAGCCCGAGGAGGCCGGUGCUAUGUGGAUCGACAACGUCUGGCAUGGACGUGCGUGGUCGUGGGAGAAGGCUGUCUGGGCUAGACAGAAGUGGCAAGAGAUUAGUGGCGGGAAGCCUUUCCUCAUCAAGGGGAUUCAGCGGGUAGAUGAUGCAGAGAAGGCGGCUGAUUUGGGAUUUGAGGGUAUUGUGGUGAGCAAUCAUGCAGGGAGACAGGUUGAUGGUGCUAUUGGUAGUUUAGACGCCCUGGAGAAGAUUGUGGACAGGGUCGGGAACAGGGAGAACUUCGUGAUCACUUUUGAUAGUGGAGUUCGAGGGGCCGCUGACGUGGUCAAGGCGCUGGCUCUUGGCGCCAAAUUUGUCUUUGUUGGUCGACUCUGGAUCUGGGGGUUAUCUAUUAUGGGAGAGACAGGUGUAAGGCAUGUCAUGAAGGGACUUUUGGGCGACUUGGAUAUUUUGAUGAACUGUGCGGGGCUCCGGAGUGUGGACGAGAUAGAUAAAGGCUUGCUGGAGACUUUGCCUAAGGCGUAUGGGCUUAUUGCUGAGAAAAGCAAGCUAUAG